CUCGCGGGCCCCCAGGCUAACCCCCGCUUGUAGCCUUAAAUCUCCUACCAUGGGGGAAGAAGGCGGCGGCCGCAGCUGUGGGAGCACUAGGGAGCUGCAGAAGCUGAAGCAGCAGGCGAUGGAGUAUUACCGCGAGAACGACGUUCCACGCAGGCUGGAAGAGCUGCUCAACUCCACCUUCUACCUCCAGCCUGCCGACGUCUACGGGCACCUGGCAAACUGCUUUUCUAAACUUGCAAAACCUCCCACCAUAUGCAAAGUUGUGGGGAAAAAUGUGCUGGAUGGACUUGGGCUUCCAACCCUCCAAGUGGAAAUAUUCUGCACCAUUCAAAAUUUUCCCAAGAACAUAUGUUCUGUGGUGAUCGCAACUCACUUUGAAGCCCACGAGAACGCUUCACCUGAGCUCGUUGAAGCCGAGGAAGUGGAAAGGUUGGAUGCUGUCAGCACCGCAGUGCGGUGGGUCAACGAAACCCUCACUGAGGAGCUGCAGGGCCUCGUGCCCUCCAGCCAGGCUGAGGUGGAUCAGGUGCUCAGGACAUUCUUUGAAAAUAAAGUACAAGAAGAUAAGGAGAGAAAAGAAUUGGAAAAGAACCUACAAGACUCAACAGCGCUUUCACCCCAGCCGCCGCCACCACCACCUCCUCCUCCACCUCCAUCCAAGAAAAAAGGACAAAAGCAAGGAAGGAUGGAGACUUCUGCAGAAAAACCAGUCAUACCUGCAGAGCCUCCUGAGCCUGUCCUCUGUGGCAGCAUGGCCAUAGGGGCUGUGUCACUGGCUGUUGCCAAAGCCAGUGCUGUGCUGGACAAUAAUCCUCUCUACCUGAACAUUGCAUUAUCGAAGCACCACCAGGAACAGCCAGAAAAGCUAACUAUACCUCUUCUGAUGGUGUCGCUGGUCAGCUGUGGGAAGUCAUCACCUGGGAAGCUGAAUUUGAUGAAAGAAGUGAUCUGUAUACCCCAUCCUGGAUUAACAGCUAAACAAGGUGUAGAGAUGCUUCUGGAAAUUCAGAAACACAUCAACAAAGCAAUUGAAAUGUCCCCUCCUCCAAAGCCAGAGACGAAAAAAAGUCACGAUGGAGGCAAAAGAGGCCAACAGCAGAUCACCGGCAAGAUGUCCCAUCUUGGCUGUUUAACCAUUAAUUACGACACUGUAGAGCAGCCACUGCUCCUCAUACAAGGAAUCUGUGCGAACCUGGGGCUAGAAUUGGGAACGAACCUGCAUCUAGCCAUCAACUGUGCCGCACAUGAGCUGAUGGACUACCAGCCACAGGAAGGCAUUAGUAAAUCAGUCAUUCUGGUGCACUCCACCUCCCUCCCCGUACCUAAAUGCCCCAGGUACCAGUGCUGGACACAGAUUUGGACUGGACAUAAGGGUGCUGUUUUUGCAGACAUCAUACUAAAUUCUCCAGGUCCGUUCACUCCUAGUAAAGGAAAGUAUGAAGUGAUGAUGGGGACCUACAAAAAUGCAGCUGAGAUGGUUGACCUGUAUGUGGAUCUGAUCAACAAGUUCCCUUCAAUUAUUGCCUUAAUUGAUCCUUUCAGGAAGGAGGACUCUGAACAGUGGGACAGCAUCUAUAAUGCUCUUGGUUCCAGGUGUUACAUAAUUGCAGGCACCGCGUCCAAAAGCAUCUCUAAACUGCUAGAGGAGGGCAACAUCAGCAUCCUCAAAUACAGCGGGCUGAUCAUAAAACACACAAACCAAACUACGAUGUCGGACUUGGUGGAAAUAACCAAUCUCAUUGACGGUAAGAAGCUCAUUGCCGUCUUUGGAAGCACAGAAGGAGAAUCGUCUGAUGACAGCCUUGUCGAUUUGGCUGUUGGACUUGGUGUCCGGUUUAUCAAGUUGGGAGGUCUUUCUCGUGGCGAACGGGUGACCAAGUACAACCGCCUCUUUACUAUAGAGGAAGAACUUGGCCAGAAUGGAACACUGGGCUUCAAUGAAGAACACACAUUUUUCUCCUGGAAUGAGGAAGCUGAAAAGGCUGGUGAGCUGCACAAGGUCCCUGAGCCCAUCUUCCCCACAGAAGUUGCGGAGGAACUCGCCAAACUUUGAGCAUCUUCCCACCGGGGUUGCACGCACCCCAGCUGACAGCCACACCACUCAGACUGUUAGACUGAUAGACCUGGAGGAUAUCUUCAUUUUGCUUUUGCUCCAAAAACUUCACUAACUUGUGUGCUUUUUCUUCCUUUACGUUUACUGUUUGGUGAAAGACAGAGAUAGUAUUUUGCCUGAAAUUAUACCUGUGAACCUGUCUUCCAGCUGUCACAUUUCUGUGGGGAUCCUGUUUGUACCUGUUCAUGCUCUGGUUCAUGGAAAAACUGUCUUGCACAUGUUUGUAUAUGUCCAUUUGAGGGGGAGGGGUCAUGACCCAGUAGAACAGUCCAAUAUUUUUGCCACCAACUCCACACUCAGUUCAAACACCCCAUACUUUACUAGUCAGAACAUCUCUAAAAAUAAACAUCUUUUACACUGGGAGCCUUCUCUGCCAGGAAAAGGUAUACAUCUUCUCUUUUUAUCUUAAAUAUCCAUGCUAUAAAGCACACACACAGUUUUAUAGCCAACCUCGUGCAAAACUAUGAGUUUCACAUAUUUUUUUAAGAGCCAAACAGCUUCCUCUAACUUUCCUACCCUCAAAUCCCUUUUCUCUGAUUCCCACCUCUUUCUAAAUUUUAAUUUUUCAUCUAUCAUUUAUAUCUCUGGGGAAUCUCCUUAGAGCCUUUUUGGAAUGAGUAUAAAUGAUAAAAUAAAUGAGUAUAAAUUCAGUAAACACUGAGUUUAUUCAUUUGAUGAAUGAAUAAAUACUUUUAAAG